GAGGAUCAUUUGGCUUCAGUGGCCCAUUGUUACCCCAACAUGUCAUGCUCAGUGCAACGUAAAUCAAGUACUUGUGAAAAAGUAAAGUAAAGACAGGACUGUCUAAACCGAAAUAUGACUCUCAACAUUAAGAUUUGAUUUAAGACAUGUGACACAUUUCCUAAAAUGUUUAAUCUCAUGCCUUGCACCCAGAAGCAUGCUAAGUGAAUAGUCAGAUUAAUCAUGUAUUCAGUGCUGUGUUGGGUCUGUAAAACAUGAGGGAGGGGUUCAGGAAAAAUGAUGUCAUCUAAACAAUCAGAGUUUGCCUUUUACCAAACAAACAUCAUCCUUCCCACAACUCCCACGCCCUUUGCCAUUUUUUUCAUCCUCAUCCUCAAUCAAGUAGAGCCCCGUUAGAUUAUCUCAUCUAAUUCAGGCCAGCACAGUCAUCAUCAAAGACCGCAUAUAAGAAGGGUCAAUACCCAUAAUAUAGCUUCAGGCUGAGAAAGGAUGUAUAUGGGACCUGCAGUUUCCCAACAUGUCCGCUAGAUGUCGUUGUUACGCAUGUUUUACGUUGAUUGGGAGAAGCUGAACAGUAGCAGCAUCCAGUGGAUCACAGCAGCUGAGCUCCUGUGCACCUUCAGUGUCCUUUGUCCACUUUGACAUUCCAUCUGCAUUUGAUUUCCCUCCAAAACUUUAUUUGAGAUACGGUCAACAUUUUCCAAGAUCCAAAGACCCACAUAACGUCAUUGAUUGGAGUGGGACUUAACGAAUACACAGUAUCACAUUACUUAACCCGAUAUAGGCUACUUGUAUACAUAAAACAUCUCAUGGGAUGUGUCCCGUAGAGAGCACAACAAACAAAAACAUUCUCGACAAAACGAUCCAGUGUCUGUCUUUAGUAGAGAGCCGCUCUUGCGAAAUCGCAUUCCGCCCAAUAUAGUACGCACAUUUAAUUAAGUUUGACCGCACACAAAAUAUUAUUCAAAGUCGAAUGAAUUGCAUUUCAGAACAGGAGAGAUCUCAUUGUCAGAAAGGAGGCUGCAACUGGCUGCCCCUCCCUCGAAAACGUCACAGCUUGUGACUAUAAAGUAUGAGUGAGCGUGGAGCGCGUGUGAGUGGGUUUGAGGCCGGACUGCAGCGAAGGAGCAGAGACACACUGACUCCAUACAUGCGGCUGGAUGGAAAGAGCCCGAUGCAUUGGAGGAACUGAACUGCGGUGCAGAGAUCGGCGCACUAUAAACGCAGGAAGACAAGAAGAGGUGCUUGCAUGAGAUAAGGGGUAAUGACGAGUAGAGUAACGAGUUGUAUUGAAGAGUUGAGAGUAUUUUCCAAAAUGGCACGGAUUUGCUUCCAUGCAAAUGCUCAUUUUGCAAAGAUGACAUAGCACUUAAGAAAAUGGGAUUCCUCCUGGAACAAGACUCACUAACGACCUGAAUGAGAAGAGGACGGGAUUCUAUUUGAAGCGGAGCUGAUUCGUCUUCUUUUACUUGUGAGGCAACACAGAGUGAAAUAUGAAUCUGGGAAAUGCACUUCUGUUUUUCCUCAUUUCCAAUUGUGUAACAAUGACUCUGUCGCUUUCCACGUGCACCACUGUGGACAUCGACCACAUCAAGAAAAAGAGAGUCGAAGCGGUGCGCGGGCAGAUUCUCAGUAAACUGCGACUGACCAGUCCGCCUCAAACAACAGGUCCGAGCCAAGUACCGUUUCAGGUCCUGGCCCUUUAUAACAGCACCAAGGAGCUCAUUGAGGAGCUGGGAAGAGACCGGCAUCAGAGCUGUGGACAGGAUAACACGGAGACCGAGUACUACGCCAAGGAGAUUUACAAGUUCAACAUGGUCAAUGGUCCGCCAGAAAACAACGACCUGCCCCUCUGCCUGAAGGGGAUCACCUCCAAGGUAUUCCGCUUCAACGUCUCCACCAUGGAGAAGAACUCCUCCAACUUGUUCCGGGCCGAGUUUCGAGCCCUGCGGAUCCCCAACUCGGCCGCCAAGAGAAACGAGCAGAGGAUUGAGCUCUACCAGAUCCUCCAGAAAGACGACCCCAAAGCCAAGCAGCGCUACAUCGGGGGCAAGAAUGUCCUGACCAAGGGAACUCCUGAGUGGGUCUCCUUCGAUGUGACCGAGACCGUGAGAGAGUGGCUGAUGUACAGACAAACCAAUCUGGGCCUGGAGAUCAGCGUACACUGUCCCUGUCACACUUUCAGGCCCAAUGGGGACAUUAUCGAGAAUGCCAAUGAGGUGCUGGAGGUCAAGUUCAAAGGCAUGGAAGCCGACUACGAAGACCUGAGCCGUGUGAAAAAGCAGAAGGAGCAGCUCUACCCACAUCUCAUCCUCAUGAUGCUCCCUCCCCACAGGCUGGAUGCCCAGUCCUCCUCCCGCAGGCGGAAGCGGGCACUUGACACCAACUACUGCUUCAACAAUUAUGAGGAGAACUGCUGUGUACGACCACUAUAUAUUAAUUUCCGGCAGGACUUGGGCUGGAGGUGGAUCCACCAGCCUGAAGGGUACUACGCCAACUUCUGCUCCGGCCCCUGUCCUUAUCUACGCAGCGCGGACACCACCCACAGCUCGCUGCUGAGUCUGUACAACACCUUGAACCCCGAGGCGUCGGCCUCGCCCUGCUGCGUCCCUCAGGACUUGGAGCCCCUCACCAUCCUCUACUACGUGGGUCGCUCCCCGAAAGUCGAGCAGCUCUCCAACAUGGUCGUCAAGUCCUGCAAGUGCAGCUAAACAUCGGGGCGUCGGUGGCGUGAGACGCGGCGGCUCGCAGCGCCACUCGGGAGCGGGUCCGAGGGGUCGAGGGGGGGGGGGGGGGCGGUACACUUUUGCCCCGCACAUGUACCUCCGACCCCUGCUUCCGCCUCGCCGGAGCUCCCUCUCUCUCUCUCUCUCUCUCGCUCACGAACAACAAAAAGAUGCAGUCCGCCACUCUGCUCACAAUCAUCGGCAGCAUUCACCAAGAUGACACCACUUCACUAACGGCACUCAAACCCAUCGGACCUCUUCUCUUAUCGAUUUGCCUUUUGACGUCAGUGUUUCUCUUUUUUUUUUUUAUGUAUUAUUCCAGCGUUUUUGAACAGCCUGUACCUCAGUGUUACAUCGCAAGAAGAACAGAACAAUAACCGCCUUUCAGUGACCGCUGCAUUCUCAAGGACGUACAAUAAUUGCAGUCGAAAAGAAGAAAAAAUGACUGAGAAUGCAGACUGAAUGCAUCAUAGGAAUACGUCAAAGAGGGCGAAACUAAAGUGUUUGUUGAGAGCAAACACAUCCUCGGGCUCUGACGCACAGGACACCUUCGGACGUCCGAGCUGGAAAGCGACGCCGUGCGGCUGCCCGCGCCGUUUGUUUAGGAUUCAAAUGCUGUUGAAUUAAAAAUCACCUGAGAAAAGAAUCAUGAAAACAUGCUGGAAACCAACCUUUUUAUUCAAAGUCAUAUUUCCACGGUUAUGUUUACCUCUGUCAUACAACAGGACGGAGGUUCCAGGGAUCGUUGUGGAGCCUCUCUGUCGUAUGAGACGAUGUAUGUCACGAAGCGAACGUUUAACUAGAUCACAAACUGUAAACGUCUUUCCUAUUACUCUUGGAAACACCUUGUUUUUUUUAUUUUUUAUUAAAAAUGGACAGUUGGAUAGAA